GGUGUUCCCUCAAAUUGGUUCCGGGUAUCAACAGCCUGGUGGCUAACGUUAGCUGAAACGCGAUCUCCACUCCUCAUUCUUCUGUAAAGUGGGCUGACAGAUAUUACGGAACAGGAUGGACGGUGAAGAGAGAACCUACGGUGGCUGCGAAGGGCCAGAUGCCAUGUAUGUGAAAUUGAUCUCUUCAGAUGGCCAUGAAUUCAUUGUGAAAAGAGAACACGCCUUGACAUCUGGGACUAUCAAAGCCAUGUUAAGCGGACCAGGUCAAUUUGCUGAGAAUGAAACCAAUGAGGUGAACUUCAGGGAGAUCCCGUCUCACGUCCUGUCCAAGGUCUGCAUGUACUUCACCUACAAGGUCCGCUACACCAACAGCUCCACAGAAAUCCCUGAAUUCCCCAUCGCUCCGGAGAUCGCACUGGAACUGCUCAUGGCUGCCAACUUUUUGGAUUGCUAAAGUUACAAGAAAAAUGUAGCCGCUUGAAACAGUUUUAGGUUGUUUUUUUUUUUGAAUAUUUAAAUUGUUUUGCCAUGUACGUGUAUGAAACAUGAAUGAAUAUGACACCACGAGGAGUUUACUCUUUUUUUUCUUUCUUCUUUUUUUUUGCACCAGGCUUUCUGCCAUAAUUUUAUUAGUAUUAAAAGAUUUCAUUUUAAUGUAAUAAAUAAAUAUGGUGGGACGUAUCACUUGUCCCACAAUGUGAUUAAUGUGUCCCCCAGCUCCGAACAUCUUUCCUCACCUCUCCAGAUUAAUAAAGACCUGUUUGGUGAGCACCAUG